AUGCAGCCUUUCCGCAGAAAGAGUGCUCCUCUUUUCAGCUUGGAAGCAGGGAUAAUGAAGGUCCGCAAGAAUAAUAACCUCUCAAUAUUCGUUGUCGUAUUUUCUGUCAUUCUCUUUGGGAUCUUCAUGUACAAUGAGGAUGUUAAGUCCAUGGCUGAGUUCCCAUUCUCAAGGAGUAAAGCUCAAGAAAUCCAAGAAGGGAAAGCAGAAACAGAGACAAUCGACCCUGUUCCAAAGGAUGCUAUUGGCAGGACAGGCUCACAGGACUCUACCGUAGUCGACACUGUUCGAAGAGAUAUCAAGGAGGAAGACGGAGAUCAUGAAACCGUGACGGUCGCGGAUUCCGGGAAAUCAGGAGAUCAAUUGGAGAAAAACCAGGAAGAAGAAUCCGAUGAAACACAAGAACAGGUUGUUGAUACAGUCGUGCCCAAAGAGAAAGAUGACAAGAUCGAGUUGCCGGGCGUGAAGGAGGAGGAAGAUGACGAUGAUGACGAAGAAGACGAAGUCAUCGAGUUGCCUCCAGAGGAGUGUGAUUUGUUUACAGGGGAAUGGGUCUUCGAUAACGUGACCCGUCCAUUGUACAAAGAAGACCGGUGCGAAUUCCUCACUGCCCAAGUGACUUGCAUGAGGAAUGGUCGGCGUGAUUUUCUGUAUCAGAACUGGAGAUGGCAGCCCAGAGAUUGUUCUUUGCCCAGGUUCAAACCAAGACUGUUGCUUGAGAAGCUCAGAGGAAAGAGGCUUAUGUUUGUUGGAGACUCACUGAACAGAAACCAGUGGGAAUCAAUGGUAUGCAUGGUCAAUGCUGCGAACCCAUCAGGCAACAAAACCUGGUACAAGACUGGUUCUCUUGCUAUCUUCAGUAUUGAGGACUACAACACAACCGUAGAAUUCUACUGGGCCCCAUUUCUAGUGGAGUCAAAUUCUGAUGAUCCAAACAUGCACAGCAUAUUGAACCGUAUAAUCAUGCCUGAAUCAAUAGAGAAGCAUGGCGUGAACUGGAAGGACGUGGACUAUCUCAUCUUCAACACCUACAUAUGGUGGAUGAACACUUUCACCAUGAAAGUGCUACGAGGCUCGUUCGAUGAAGGGGCCACUGAGUACGAUGAAGUCCCACGGCCAGAAGCUUACGGGAGAGUUCUGAAAACAUGGUCGAAAUGGGUGGACGACAACAUUGAUCCGAAUCGUACUAAAGUCUUCUUCACCAGCAUGUCCCCUCUUCAUAUCAAGAGUGAGGACUGGAACAACCCAGAUGGAAUAAAAUGUGCGAAGGAGACGACCCCUGUUUUGAACACGACGACCCCACCGGAAGUGGGCACGGAUCGUCGGCUUCUCGUCAUCGCCGACAAUGUGACGCAGUCGAUGAAGGUGCCGGUGCACUUCAUCAACAUCACCACCUUAUCGGAGUUUCGGAAAGACGCGCAUACCUCUGUGUAUACUAUACGCCAGGGGAAGAUGUUGACUCCGGAGCAACAGGCCGAUCCGACUACUUAUGCGGAUUGUAUCCAUUGGUGCCUGCCCGGGUUACCCGACACGUGGAAUGAGUUCGUUUAUGCACGUAUUAUCUCUCUGUCUUGACGUUCAGACAUAUGUAUAUCUUACAUCUUCACGUAUUCCCCUUUUUUUGGGCAAUCUUCAAGUAAUUGUUAUUGAAAUUCUCCUUCAAGUCAUGAGAGAAAGGCUUCAACUUUUGUUUUAUCUGUUUAA